CCCUCUUCAUAAAUAGGCCAUUGGCAGCCCAAACACACGAUGGCAGCACCCACCAUCUCCGCCGCUCAGGCAGUCGGCGAGUACCUUCAGUCCCCAGACGACCUCAUGAAGAUCGCAGCUUUUCGCAAGAAGCUGGAGAAGGAGAAGGCAUCGAUCGACGCGAGGCUGAAGAGCGGUGUCAAAGAGCAACUGGAUGCGACGAGGGAGAGUCUGAGGAAGUUGUUUGGGACGAGGGAUAAUGUGCAGGCGGUGAAGGACGAGAUGGAGACUAUUGAUAGGUUGUGCAGCGACCCGCAGAACAAUGUGGCGACGUUUGAUCAGAUUAGUCGAGUGUCUAUGGUCCACAGGAAUUUCGAGCAGACGGAGGAGAUGGUCAACAACCUGCUCGAGAUGAACUCCCGUCUUGAUGCCCUCGAAGACAUGCUCGAUGCAGACCGUAACGAUAUCUAUGGCUCCGCGCCCAAUCUUCUCCGCAUUCACUACCAAAUUAAUCAACUCGAAGGCUUCCGGAACCAGACAAUGCACCAAGCCAAGAAGGCAUCCAUCAAUUCACAGACUACGCUCAGGCGUAUGUUCGAACGGCUCAAUACUUUGAUCGAAGCUUUUGAUGAGUACAUCUUGGAGCUCGCAAAGAACCUACUACCCAUUGUUAGGGCUGGCCAUCCCGAGGUUAUCAUCAAGCUCAUCAAGAUUGCGGAAAUCGAAGGCAAAGAGGACGAGAAGGCCAUCGCCAUUCGACUCGUCAAAAAAGCUGCCAAAAUGGAUGCCGCAUCCAAGUUUAAAUCCAUGCAAGCCAAUGCGCGCGUCAUCAAACACUACCGUUCCAAAAUCAUGAAAGAAAUCACCGACUCCAUCCGCGCCAAGUUCGACGAAGCCUACCUCCAAGACGAGCGUAACCCCGUCGGAUUCCUGGAAAACCUCGGCUGGAUCUACCAAGACCUCAUUCGCGUCGAGGCCGACGUCGUUCCCUGUUUCCCACCAGACUGGGACAUAUAUUCACACUUCGUGCGACAGUAUCAUAAGGCCCUCGGAGCGACGAUCGAGAGGUUGGUGGCGAGUGAGCCAGAGGCAAGCGCGCUGUUGACGUUGCAUGCGUGGUUGAAGGAGUACAAGAAGAGUAUGAAGGAGCUGGAGAUAGCCCCGGAGCUGCUGGAACCGCCGAUUUUGAACGGGAAGGAACAGUCUCUCAUCGACGAUUAUCUCAAGCUCAUUAUCUCGAAACUGGACGAAUGGUCCGCCAACUUGAUGAAGACGGAGGUGUCGGAGUUCACGACGAGGGCGGAACCACCAGAGAUGGACUCAGACAAUCUUUACGGUAUGCAGGGCGCGGUCAUCCUCUUCCAGAUGGUCAACCAGCAGGUCGACGCUGCGACGGAGAGCGGACAGGGCCUCAUCCUUGCACGGGUGGUCACCGACGUAAAUCGGGUCAUGCGCGGUAUCCAGGAACAAUGGACGAAACUCAUCGACCAGGAAUACAAGAAACACAUCAACCCACCCAAGGAGGAAGAAGUCCCCGGCGGCUUGGUCGAGUAUAUCAUCGCGCUCGCGAACGACCAGAUCAAGUCCGCCGAUUUCUCAGAAGCCCUCUCCGCACGCAUCGAACCCCUCGUCUCGGAGAAAUACCGUAUCACGAUCAACGAGCGGUUGAACGACGCGAUAGACGGUUACCUCGAUGUCGCGAAGAAAUGCACGCAGACACUCAUCGAUAUCAUCUUCAACGAUCUGAAACCUGCUACAAAGCAGCUCUUCCAGGCUGGAUGGUACGAUGGGAUCAUGCGUCAAAUCGUCGAAACGAUGCGGGAUUAUAUGACGGAUUAUCAAUCCUAUCUGAACCCCUCCCUACUCGAGCUCCUCGUCGAAGAUCUUCUCGACGCCUUUUUAGUCUCCUACCUCACCGCCCUCGCCAACGCACCCAAGCUCAAGAUGCCCGCCGCCACAGAUCGUAUCAAAGACGACGUCAGCGAGGCCUUUUCGUUCUUCAGCACGCUGAAACCGGCGAAGGAACUCGAGGCGUACUUCGAGGUAGUGGAGAUGAUCCUUGCGUUGCUGGAGGCGUCGAAGAGUCUCGUGUUCUUGUCCUUCUGGAGUUUCGCGAAGGUGCAUGGUCCGAACAUCGCGUUCGUGGAAAGUUUGAUGAAGGCGAGGGAUGAUCUGGACAGGUCGGCUGUUGGAGAGGUUAUGGAUAGUAUCAAGCGGAAGGUGAAGGACGAGGAUCUGGCGGAUCCCGAAGAACCAACGAUCAUGAAGAAGAUCGCCGUCCAGAGUGCUUUCUCGCGGUUCCUCAGGACGAAUACAUGAUCAACGUCAUUUCAUCCACCAUCGCCUUUUCCUUCCUUUUCCUGUCCAGUCCCCUCUAGACCAUCAUGCUCAGUUUGCUUGUUACGCUAUCUGUAUCUCCUACGCAUCAUCUGUAUUUCUACCAUCGGUAUCUUGUGCUUUCGCAACUUGGACUAGGACUUUGCUGUUUGAUACACCUAUUUGUCCAUAAGCGAUCUUUUCUACCACGGACCUGCGGUCAAAUUUUACUAUUAUUUGGAAUAGUUCUCGGGCUCUAUGUACCUGAUUAUUUGCGUUCAGCUGCAUAGAUGAGGAGGUUCACGACAUCCGACCUCAUCC